AACAAACUGUUGAAAACUUAGAGGAAUCGCAUUCUGAAGUUCUUAAUCUGAUCGGAAUUACGAAGAGAUUUGACACAACUUAGAGGAAAUUCGGAAGGUAAUUUGAAAAUUUUAGUGAACGAAAAUGGAGAACAAGUCGAUGAGUUACGAGUACGAUUUGAAUCUGAAGGCGACGGAGUUGAGAUUAGCAUUGCCGGGAAGCGAUGAGCCUGAUGAGAAACAAUCAGUUACUUGUGUUAGGAGCAAUAAGAGAGCUUCAUCGGAGAUUUCGGAGGAAUCUAAGAGCAGUUCCAGCGUUACAAUCGCGGGAAAUGGUGAUUCUGAUGCUCCGCCUCCUGCAAAGGCACAGGUUGUGGGAUGGCCACCGAUUAGAUCUUACAGGAAGAAUUGUUUACAAGGAAACAAAAAUGAAGGUGAAGGAGUCGGGAGGUUUAUGAAAGUAAGCAUGGAUGGAGCUCCUUAUUUGAGGAAGAUCGAUCUUAGGGUUUACAACAGCUACUCAGAGCUCCUCAACGCUUUGGAAAACAUGUUCAAGCUCACCAUUGGUGCCUACUCAGAGAGGGUAGGGUACCAUGGAUCUGACUAUACUCCUACCUAUGAAGACAAAGAUGGUGAUUGGAUGCUUGUUGGAGAUGUUCCAUGGGAAAUGUUCAUAUCUUCCUGCAAGAGGUUGAGAAUCAUGAAGGGAUCGGAAGCCAGAGGCUUGGGCUGUUCCUUGUGAACCCACAAGACCAAAAUGUUUUACCAAGAUGCAGCGAAAGGAGACAUUUUUGCUGUGAAAGUCUUUGAAUUUUCAAUAUUGUCUCAACUUUCUUAUAUAGGGUAGCACAAGGAGAACCAUAGAAGAAAAUAGAGAGGAGGAAAAAGGAAAGAGAACAAAGAAAAAUUAAUUGAAAGUCCAUCUGUGCAAGGGAAAAAUUGCUUCAACUUUUUCCAUAUUUUGGGGAUAUACAAAUAUAUGAUACAAUGCAAACGCUUAUGCACAAUCUGUGUAUACAUCAUCGCUUGUAUUGCUUAAUUAGAAUAAUAAAAACAAAACAAUAUA